GGUCAGCCCGGUGCCCUUCCCUGGAGCUGCCCGCCACGAGCAGACCGCCCUCUUCAUGGAAAGCCCGGUGCAGUGGCCCCCCUGGUGAUGGCAUCCGACAGUGACGUGAAGAUGCUGCUGAACUUUGUGAAUCUGGCUUCCAGUGACAUCAAGGCGGCUCUGGACAAGUCGGCGCCCUGCCGCCGCUCUGUGGACCACCGCAAGUACCUGCAGAAGCAGCUCAAACGCUUCUCCCAGAAGUACUCCCGGCUGCCGCGGGGCCUCCCGGGCCGAGGGGCCGAGCCUCCCCUGAGAAGGGGGCCUGAGGACCGCCCCGGGAGGCUGCCCCUCAAUCCCGGCCCUGACGCCAGCCCUCGCAGUGGUGGGGACUGCAAGGAGAAGGCUCUGGGGAACCCCUACAGGGAGGAGUGUCUCUCUAGGGAGCAGACCCUACAGGGGCAGAACCCAGGAGCUGCCAGGCCUGGCCAGGUGCCCAUGAGGAAAAGACAGCUGCCCGCUUCCUUCUGGGAAGAGCCGCGGCCCACCCACAGCUACCCCGUGGCGCUGGAGGGGGUCCUGGGCCCCAGAGAGGGACCUCCCUACGAGUGUAAGAAACACUGCAGGGGCUUGGAGCUCUUCGGGCCCGACAUGGCCCUGAUCCCCAUGUCCCCCAGGGCGCUGGCUGAAAAGGAGCCACCCAAGUUGCCUGGGGUCUCCCUGGUGGGCCGUGUCAAUGCCUGGAGCUGCUGCCCCUUCCAGUACCAUGGACAGCCCAUCUACCCGGGCCCUCCAGGGGCCUUGCCGCCGGGCCCGGUCCCCAGCCUGGGCCUGUGGAGGAAAAGCCCGGCUUCCCCUGGGGAGCUGGCCCAUCUGGCCAAGGAUGUGGAUGGCCCGGGGCAGAAGGUAUACAGGCCCGUGGUUCUGAAGCCCAUCCCCACGAAGCCGGCCAUGCCCCCGCCCAUCUUCAACGUCUUUGGCUACCUCUAGCGGGGCUGUGGACCUUGCUCCCGCCUCCAGCCUGGGGCGUGUGGGGCCCCAGGAGCUCCCCUGUGAGCAGGGGGCCGGGCAGCGGUGUGGUGUGGCCUCUUGAGAACCUUUCCUUUAUAUGCGUGUGGGGUGGGGAGGGCAGGAUCGGGGUCCGGCCUUCUCAGGCCAUCGCCUUGGGAGCUGCGGGGCCGGGCUCAGUGGGUCCCCCUCCAGGCCAGAGCCGGACGGAUCAUCCCCCCGUCCCUGUGCAGACCUCGGGGCUUCGCCCUGGUUGGCCAGCCACCCCCGAAGCCCGAGUUACACAUGUUAUUCUGCCACCCACUCUGUAAGCCAAUCUCAGUUCUGUUAUUGUUGUUCUUUGUAAAUACUAAGAAGGUUUAAAGAAUAAAGAAGUUUCUUUUGCAGUUUCCACA